AUGACUGAGAGAUUGUUAAUAAGAGCAAUAAAGGGUCACGGACAAACUCAGAUCGUUACUUUGAAUGGGAAAAAAAUAAGAAAGAUGCCCUCAACUUUAGAACUAUUGCCUGACCUGAAGAAUCUAUGUCUUCAAAAUAAUCUAAUCUCCAAAGUGUGCCCUGAGAUAAGCACCUUGACCCAGUUGAAAAUACUAAAUCUAGGAAACAACCUUUUAGAAGAAGUCCCAGAAGAGAUGAAAUACCUUACCUCCCUGAAGAAGCUUCAUUUAUUUGGAAAUAAGAUUUGUAGAUUUGCAUCUGGAGCAUGUGAUGGCUUACAAAAUUUGAUCCUGCUUAAUCUGAACAGAAAUCAGCUUACGUGGCUUCCUCAAGAAGUCAGCAAAUUAAAAAGCCUUACACAUCUGAGUUUAAAUUGCAAUAAGCUAGUCAGCAUUCCCACAGAACUUUGUCUCCUUAAGAAUCUUCGUGAACUUCAACUUAACUACAAUGAACUCAGUUGCAUACCUGAAGAGAUUAAGUUCUUGAAGAAGCUCUGGAAGUUUCUUCUGGUCAGGAACUACAUUGAAGUUUUGCCAGAGGGGAUUUGUCAUCUUAAAAAUCUAAGGAUUCUAGACAUAGCUGGAAAUACUAUUCAGAUAUUUCCACCAGGAUUUCAGAAUCUGAAGCUGAAGGAAUUCUACUGUGAGGAAAACCCACUUUUCGUGAAGCGGCCAGCCAUUGCUGUGCAACAAGAGGACAUCUGGAGUUUACAGGAAAUAACAUCAAGAUAUGUCAUGAAUCAGCUAGCAAAAAAGCAUCCUUUCCUAAUGUGUGCUAUUGAACAAUAUCCAGAGGUCAGGAACUUAAUCUCUCAGGGAAAAAAAUGUCCAAUAUGUGGAAAAUAUUUUUUAUCCAUAUGGCUGGAAUGUGUUCGGUUCAUUCCUCCACCAAAGAACUGGAAGAUAAGCAGAAAUCUACAGCUGGUACCUGUCCAGGUAUUAAUUUGUUCUUACAAAUGUUUAAAUCGUCGUGACCCUAACCUCUUUGGAAUUGCUCAUAUGUAG